AAUUCAUAUCUUCAGACUCCAGUAGCCCCUUUCAUAUGGAGUACUAUUUUUGUUAAAUUGUAAUUAUUAAUCAAUGGCAAAUCGCUUAAUUAAUAAUAUGUUCAUCAACGAUGAUGUCGUCGAAAUCGAUGAUGAAGAAGAAUUUGAAGAAUAUGAUGUAGAGGAUUCAUCAGAUGAUGAUGAAGAAGAGGUGGAGGAGGAGGAGGAGGAGGAGGAGAGAGAAGAUGUUAAUGAAUUGGACGAAGUGGAGGAGGGGACGGAUUUUCCCCCGAGUUCUGAUGCAACGACAUCUAGGGGUUUGGAAAUUGAAGAGAUGGAUAAAGAUUUGACGAAAUUAAAUCAGGAUUCUAAAGCUACGACUUCGAUUAGUGGAGAAUGUAAUGAAGGAGAAGGUAGCCAGAAAGAGUGGGAUCGAGAGGAUGUUGAUGGUGCUUUUUGCCCUAUUUGUAUGGAACCUUGGACGAGUUCUGGCGAACAUCAACCUAGUUGUCUUAGUUGCGGUCACUUGUUUGGAUUGUCUUGUAUCAAAAAAUGGCUUGGACAACGAAGAAACUCUGGGAAGUGCCCACAAUGCAACAAAAAGUGUACAGUCAAAGAAAUCCGAAGGAUUUAUGGAUCACGGGUGGUUGUAGUUGAUGAACAGUCACAUAAGAGAAUACGAUUUCUUGAGGCCAAAUGUAAUUCUUUUGCAAAGAAGGAGGAAGAAUGGCGUAAAAAGGAAGCUGAGUGGCAUAUGAAAGCGGUAGCCAUGCAGAAGAGAGAUGAAGAGAUGUGUCAGAAAAUGGAGCAAUUAAGUGAGAGGGCAAGCAUGCUCGAACAAGCUGUUGAGGACCUAAAAUACUCAUCUUUAGUCCAAGCUGUUGCUAAUGACAGAUUUCAAAAUAAAUCUGCUCAAGGGAUUAAAGUUGGAUUAGCAUAUAGUCAAGUAUCUUCUCAUACGUUUGAAUUACAGCAAGACUUACCCAUAGAUGGUGCACGUUAUUUUGACGUGGAUGAUACUGGGAGGGUUUUGAUUGCUGCACGAAGGCCAUCAAGGAUUGGUGGACCGCAUAUCCUUACCAAAAUGAGUCUUGUUUCUCCUCAUGAGCAAGAUAACGUGCUGCUUCCUUCAUCACUCAACGCAGUUAGAGAUUUACAUAUAUCUUCGUCUGCCAAACUUGCACUAUUGGCUUCAAUGGGAAAGAAACUUUCAGUUUUAAGCAUGGAAACUAACAAUAUUGUCCUCAACUAUGAUUUACCGGCUGCUGCUUGGUCAUGUGCAUGGGAUAGCAACAGUUCACAUUAUGUAUAUGCUGGAUUACAGAAUGGCAUGCUUUUAGUGUUUGAUAUGCGACAAACUGAAAGGCCUUUGGAUUCAAAGAAUGGAUUGAGUAGUAAUCCUGUUCAUACCAUAUACUCUCUUUUGGAGGAUUCACCACUUCACUCAGGAGUUAAGAAACUUCUUACUGCUUCAUCAGUGGGCUUGUGUGAGUGGAGUAUUGGUGUUGAACUUGAAAGCCCAUCCUUGGUUGCAGAAACAGCAAAUCAAGGAGUUUGUAUAUCACUUGCUCACUGCCCUAGCAGUGACAAUAUAGUUGCGACUUUUCGACCCAAAGUGGAGAUGUCAGACAUUUAUGUGAAUUCUCAAGUAUCACACACUUUCCCAUCUUCCACUGGGUACCAAGUUCAUGGAUCACAUGUCUUUAUGCAGAGGGUGAAUUCUGGUUAUCAAAGGUUUGGAUCAACUCUUGCUUCUGUUCCUGGAAUUCUACUUCCAAAAUCUGCUAUCAUUAGAAUGGGGGAUGGCACCCCUGUGUUUGCUUGUGGAGACGAAGCAACAUCCAAUUUAGUCUUGCAAGAGUUACCCUCCUUAACAGUUCUGCAACGUCUCCAAUCCUACCAUCCUAUUCGUGGUGUGAAGUACACUACAUCUACAAAACCCAGUAUAUUAUGCUGCUUGAGUAAAGACAGGAUGCAGUUCUUCUCUCAAAAAGUUUUGUGAAAAGACACUUUUGUAGGAAUUGGAGUGCUAAUUUUGAAGCUCUUUUGAAUGAGAUGAGGCGUAUUCGUUCGGCUGCUCAUAGUAUGUUAGCAUUAAAUUUAUCCUAAAUUAGGUAAUAAUGUAUAUUGUUUAAGUUACUAUUUCAUAAAAAGGCAGCUGGUUUAACUGUAUCCAUCGUUCUAACCGGAACUAGGUUGCAGAAAUGAUAUCUUAUGAAUUGUAUUUGUAUCUAUACAUUUUUGCAGUAGAAGGAAAACAACCGAGUUGGACAUUACUUCU